CGGAAGUUUGCGAGGAAAUGCAACCUGCAGAGCUGCGCCGUGACCAUUGUCGACCUCAAGAUGAAGUGUAUGAUCAUCACAAUGUGGGUCCCCAAGUCUAUCGAACUCUACUUUGCAAGAGAUUUACACUUUAUCACUGAGCACAGCAUCGUCCAGAUGGUGUUCAAUGGCAUGAUUGUAUACUCACAGGUGAGGUGCCAGAUGCAAGCUCAUGUGGCUGAGUGAGUAUGUGUGGUAUACCUAUACUUCUGAUUAUUCAGGACCCUACUGAAGUAGGCAGUUCGGUGGAUACAGUCAGAAAAGUUCAGCCCUCCCGUGCCAGUGUCACUAUGAAGUUUAUCAUGAAACAGCUUUUCGACAAACCUGUCCGGAGGGUACAGAAAUAUUUGAAGUCUCCUCUUGCCAGGGCUGCAGCAUAUGGUACUCUACAGGAAGUGAGGGAGUUUAUAGUCAGUGGAGAAGAUCCCAACCCACACACUGUCGCCACACCUCUUAAAGAAGCCUGCACUAGAGGAGACCUGGAGAUUGCUCGAGUUCUACUGGAGGCUGGAGCUGAUCCUAACCUAGUCACUGAUGCAUGGACUCCUCUGAUGGAAGCUGCCAGGUUAGGAAACAGAGAAAUGAUUCGGUUACUGGUUGAGUAUGGAGCCGACCCUAACACAACCAAUGAGGAGAAUUGGACUGCACUGAUGGCUGCAUCCAACAAUGGGCGUACAGAGGCUGUGGACCAACUGGUUCAGUUUGGAGCUGACCCAAACCUGCAGGACCAUGUUGGCUGGUCGGCUCCACUGGCAUCCGUGUUCAAGCAACACGAGGAGGUUGCCCUGAGACUGACUGAGGCUGGAGCUAAUCCUCACUUCCAGAAUGUGGAGUACAGGAGUCCUCUGAGGCUGGCCAUUGAGUUCAAACAGUACCCUGUGGUGGAUGCCUUCCUAGACAGAUAUCCUGAUGUCAAGCCUGGUCUUCGUGGCCACCCUGAACUCGACUCCAAAGAUAAGUAUGGAGAGACAGACCUCCUGUUUGCCUGUAAGGAAAAUGAUCUCAGAAUUGUGAAAAAGAUGCUAAGCAAAGGAGCUGAUCCCAACAUUCCAAACAUGGAUGGAGAUGUACCCCUUGUGUCUGCUGCUGAACAUGGGAGCGUUGAGAUGGUGGAGGAACUGCUGAGAUUUGGAGCUGACCCCAACCCCACCACUGUGAUUGGAAGAUCUCCACUAUCUGUGGCAGCUCAAAGCGGCAAAACAAAGAUGGUGGUUCAGCUACUGCAUUUAGGAGCCAACCCAAACUAUUUUACAGAUGAUGGAGGUACUCCACUUGCUACUGCAGCCAAGUGUGGGAACAUUGAGAUGGUUGAGUGCAUGUUAAAUGCAGGGGCUGACCCAAACAUUGCUGAGUUUGCUGAUCAGCUACCACUAUACCAUGCAAGACGUCUAGAUGAUGAACAAAUGACUGAGCUUUUGAUGGAUUAUAAGGCGGACCCUAACAAGAAGUUGCCAGAAAGAGUUACCCAGCCACUGCAGCUUGCAAUGGGAUUUCUUAAGAAACCUCUCAGUUUUAGGUAGCCAUGUAUAAAACGUUCAGCCACGCCCACGACGAAGUAUGCGCAUGCGUACGUACUAUUUUGCACGAUAUGGGUGGGGCUGGCUCUUUUCACAGCUAGAGAGAAGGAUAUGGCUCGUGCGAAGCAUAUUGCUCUUCCCAUUCACUGCACUAUCAGCCGUUAGAGCUGCGGGGAGGGCACUACUGUCAGAGGACGACGCACUGAAAGUGUACGAAGAGAUCCAAGAAGCCAAGAACAGAGCCUUCUACGUCGGGCAACACCUCGGACUGCAUGUGGCGGACGUGGAGAGCAUCUGCACCCAGGAGAAGGAGGCGCGGGAUCAGUUGUACCGGGUGCUCCUCCAGACUGCUAGGGAGGCGAAGCUAACGUGGGAAAAAGUCGCCAUAGCGCUGAGAAAGCCGUUGGUUGGACUGCCUCUGGUUGCACGGAGGAUAGAAGAGAUCCAUUGCCGCGGCUCCAGCAUCCCAACGUUACCACAAACACGACCACGAACUGCGCCCGAACAACCAACUGAGCCCCAGAGGACAACACAGCUGGGGGAGAUCAGUGCCAGACAACAGAGAUGCUCUAGGUCUGCACACCAAAGAAAAAGCCUGGAAUUGUCCCAUCUGCCAAACAUAAUGGCGGUGCAUUCUUCUGGCCCUCCUUAUGGACGGACUAGUCGCUCUUACUCCGCUUCUACCAGUCCACCCAUCACACCUCCUCACAGCCACACUCACAGCACGUACGAACGAAUUAUGGUACUGCCAUAGAUUCAUACUACUUCUCCCUGUUGUAUUUCUUUAGGCAUACACACGUGGCUGAAAGUAUGUACCUUCAAGGACGUCUGACAGUAAAUCACCAUGUUCCUCAUUCUCGUCAAAUUCCACGGCCCCAUUCUCUGUCUCAACUCCAGAUGCCUACCCUCCAGUCUGUCACACCCAGAGGCAUGGCCACCGACAUUUGAUACACAGUAGUAUAUACAGUCUUAUGAGAAAUAAAAAAAAAUCCCCCUGUGACUUUGUGUUGCCUUAUGAUCCAAUUCAAUGAAACCCACAACGUUUUUGCACUAGAAAAAUUGGGGGUUGAGCGCAGGUUUUUCUGCCCUCAUAAAGAGGGACAUUGAUGUUCAAACGUUCUUCCGCAUUCCCCUUUGGGGGAACCCUCGGGGGAACCCCCAGAGCCUUGGCAGCGUUGAAGGGAAAGACUGAGAAAACACGCCGCCUUCGAUACAUUUCUAUCACUAAUCAGUCGAAACCCAGUAAUGGAGGACAUGUGCGCUGUUCUGUCAGAGAGUAGAGAUAUACUUGCAGUGGUGGAAGAGAACGAACCAAAGGGACAGCAAAAGGGCGGAGACGCGACCGAGGAGCGCCAAUCGCCGUCGCGCGAGUCUAGCCCUCACCCCCCAGAAGAAAGUCAAGCAACCGGAUCUUCUCCAUCUUCUGAGGUUGUAAAGAAGGGGCGCCCAUACAAGGAGCAUUGCGAGGAAUCGUUCCGAGAGCUGAAGGCCAAUGUGGCAGAGUUCGUGGAGAAUACUACCAUGUCAGAUUUAGUGGAGGUGCUGGAGGAGGAACAAGUGCUCGACAGACUCAAAUCCGCUAUUUUGGACCAUUUAUGAUGCGUGAUGCGUCUCGGAUCGGAGAGUACUAAACAGCAG